AUGGUCAAAAAGGAUGCCGGUGGAUGGAGGAUGUGUGUCGACUUCACCGACCUUAACAAGGCAUGCCCCAAAGAUUGCUACCCUCUACAGAGGAUCGACGCCCUCGUCGACUCGGCAAUGGGACAUGAGAUCCUCUGCUUCCUAGAUGCCUUCAAAGGCUAUCACCAAAUAGGAAUGAGUGAGGAAGACCAAGAAAAAAUGGCAUUUUACACCGACAAGAUCGGCCGAAAUGUGGAGGCCUACGUGGACGAUAUUCUCAUCAAAAGCUUAACCACUUCGGCCUUCUUGUCGGAUGUGAAGGAGGUCUUCGGCGUCCUCCGCGACUCAAGGAUGAAGUUAAACCCCAAGAAGUGCGUCUUUGGCGUCACCUCAGGAAAAUUUUUGGGGUAUCUGGUUUCCCACCGGGGAAUCGAAACUAACCCCGACAAAGUCAAGGCCAUCCAGGACAUGUCCCCACCUCGGAACCUCCGGGAAGUCCAGAGGCUGAAUGGACGCUUGGCUGCACUGAACCGCUUCCUAUCCCAGUCCGCAGAAAAAGCUUUGCCCUUUUUCAAGCUGCUAAAGAAGGCCGAUCAGUUUGCCUGGACUGAGGAGUGCCAGGCUGCCUUCGACAAGCUGAAGCGUACCUGCACCACCUACUCACCCUCGCUUCACCUCGGCCCGAGGAGAAGCUCUACCUCUACCUCUCCGCAGCGGACGAGGCUGUCAGCGUUGUGCUCAUCCGGGAUGAGGGCACUCAAGCGCCAGUCUACUAUGACCGACCAACCACUCCGACAGAUACUGGUGCGGCCCGAGGCCUCCGGGCGCCUCACUAAGUGGGCCGUCGAGUUGGGGGAAUACGACCUGUCGUAUGAGCCGCGCACCGCCAUAAAGGCUCAAGCCUUAGCCGACUUCUUGGCCGAGCUCACCUUCACGGAAGGUCAGGAGUCCACCUCCGCCCUAGCCGAAGUGUCCACCCCACACCUGUGGAUGUUGUAUGUGGACGGGUCCUCUAAUGGGGAUGGGAGUGGAGCAGGACUGCUCCUGGAGGGCCCCCAAGGAGAAGUGUGCUCGUAUGUCCUCCGUUUUGACUUCCCGACCACCAACAAUGAAGCCGAGUAUGAGGUCUUAAUCGCGGGACUCCAACUAGCCCGCAGGCUCGGUGCACAGCGGAUUCACGUCCGCAGCGACUCCCAACUCGUAGUAUGUCAAGUCCUUGGUGAGUAUGAGGCCAAGGAUGAAACCAUGCAACGGUAUUUAUCCAAAAUCCACCAACUCAUUGCGUAUUUUGAGUCUUUCGAAAUCCAAAGAAUCCCCCGCUCCCAGAAUAGGCGCGCCGACGCUCUGUCCCGGCUGGCCUCCAUAUCAUUCUCCGACCUCAACAAAACUGUCUUAGUGGAGGUGUUGGAUGAGUCGGGAUACGUCGAAGAGGUGGCCUGCCCCGUGCACUCGGAAGAUACUUGGAUGAACCCGUUCAUCCUUUUCUUAAGGCAGGGGAUCCUCCCCGAGGACCGAGCCGAGGCAAGGAAAAUACAACGCAAAUCUGCUCGGUACGCGCUCCGCGAUGGAGAGCUAUAUAAACGCUCAUAUUUUGGCCCAUGGCUGAGGUGCAUUACAUCCGAGGUGGGACGCCAAGUCCUCCACGAGAUACACGAAGGCCUAUGUGGAGCUCACGUCGGCCACAGGAUGUUAGCCAGGAAGACCCUACUUCUUGGAUAUUUCUGGCCUUCCCUUCGACAAGAUGCCCAAAAUCUUGUUCUCAGCUGCCCAUCCUGCCAAGUCCACGCCCCUGAGCUUCACCAACCCUCGAACUUUAUGGUUCCAAUCACCUCACCCUGGCCGUUUGAGCAAUGGGGGACAGAUAUCAUAGGCCACCCUCAGGCCAAUGGUCAGGCAGAAAAUUUCAACCGAACUCUCUUGCAUGGCCUCAAGACCCGACUACACCGAGCUGGAUCAUCGUGGGUGGAGGAACUCCCCAGUGUUCUGUGGUCAUAUCGGACCACGCCGAGAUCUUCCACGCAAGUGACCCCCUUCUCCUUGACCUAUGGAGCUAAGGCUGUCAUCCCUGCUGAGAUCCUUACACCCAGUCCUCGGCUGACAGCCUAUGUAGCCGAGGUGAACGAAGAAGAGAGACAGUUGGAUCUCGACCUCGUCGACGAGAAAAGGGACAUUGCCUCAGCUCGGAUUGCUUCCUACAAGAACACCCUGGCCCACUACUACAAUGCCCGCGUCAAGCAUCGGCGAUUCCUGCCAGGAGACUUGGUGCUUAGAAAAAACUCGGUCAGCCGAGCUGAACCGCAAGGGAAAUUGAGCCCGAAAUGGGAAGGGCCUUACCGAGUUGUGGAAUCUAGUCCUAGUGGGUAUUGCAAAUUGAGCUACCGAGAUGGCUCUCUAGUGCCGAGGACUUGGCACGCCGAGAACCUCAGGCUGAAGUUACUUGAAAAUUUUACUAAGUUAUCACUUCAGCUGCUUUGUUAUUUUUCAAUAUGA